UUCGAGAAGCAUUAGAAUUUAGAUAUCGAAGCAACAUGGGAAGAGGAAGCACCUGACGGCGGCAAGGAAAGCAUAUCAAUGGCUUUCAGGGUAAAAGCCACCACCUCCGCUUUAUGUGGUGCUCUAAUCUUCGCCAAUAACCGCAGCAAUAUCUCCUCUGCCUGCUCUUUCUUCUUUAGGCGCCUCCCAUGCAGAUUUUCUACAUUGCCUCUACCUUCCUCUGAAUAUACUUUCCUUAAAAUCGCGAACUUCAAUAACCCUAGUCCUAGGUUAUUUUGUAGCUCUGAAGCAAAUCCCGCCAAGAAGAAGGUCGACACCAAGGUCAAUUUUUCUCUAUCCGAUUCUGAGGGUGAAAAUGAGGACGACUCUGAAGAUGCCCAGAAAGAAGCUAACAAGAACAAGAAGCUACCACCGCCUUAUGACCCCUUCAAUAAAAAGCCGGCGAUUGAAGAGCCCAAGGAUCCAAAAGAUUUGCAAGAGAUCUUUCACAACAUGAGAAGCGGCGACGGGUUGCUAAAUCACGCAGUCAAGAUGUUCGACGCAUUGUCCAAAGACGGUCUCACUCACGAGGCUUUGGAGCUGUUCGGUCAGAUAAAAGACAAAGGUCAAAUGCCCGACGUGGUGGCUCACACGGCUAUCAUCGAGGCCUAUGCCAAUGCUGGUCAGCCCAAGGAGGCCCUCAAAGUUUAUAUGCGCAUGCUUGCUUCUGGGGUGUCUCCCAAUGCUUAUACCUACACUGUUCUUAUUAAGGGACUUGCUUCUGAUUCCAAGUUUUUGGGAGAUGCCAAGAAAUAUAUGUUGGAAAUGAUGGAAAAGGGCAUGAAACCCAAUGCUGUGACUUACACGGCCGUGUUUGAGGCAUUGGCUAGAGAUGACAAAGCGGAAGAGGCCACACACUUUUUGGAGCAAAUGAAGACUAAAGGAUUUGUCGCUGACGAGAAGGCUGUGAGGGAAGUUCUGAGUAGCAAGAGGGGUCCCAUUUUCAGAACCGUCUUGAGUAUUCUUUUUGGCAGGUAAAUGGCUAGCAGCUAGCUAUGGUGACGGUGCGUAAUAUUUGGGAUGAGAUGAGAAUUGUGUCGUCUGCGGUCUUGUUUUCUGGAUCCUUUGUCUUGUACGCAUGGUUUUGUUGAUUUACAGCGGGGAACCUUGUUUAAGUUACUUUCAUUCAUCCGAUCCCAGGUCGGAAAGCGUUUAAAUGCGACAAAAUUUUGACCAACUUGGCCGCAUGGUUCUUAUUCUUAACAUCUGCUACGCCUACUUCUCAUGGAACGAUGGAAAGCACUCAAUACGAAUCCCGCCUUUUGAAUGAAAGAAAAAAUUGUAUCAUUAUACUUAAUAAUGUGUAUUUAUGUUUCAUACUCUUAUCUAUUCCAUUUUCGAGCUGCUCAUCCAAAAUGCAAGUUUGAUUCGCCAAAAAUGAGACUGCUAGUCCGAACCUAGACAUGGAAACAUGUGAGAUGCCUUUGUAUAUCAUCAUCCAUUCAUUCAAGUUCCUGGCUCUCAAGAAAAAAUGGGUCCAAUUAAGAAAAGUGUGACUCGUACUUCAAAAAAACAGAAAGAAAGAAAGAAAAUGGAUUCCAUUGUAGAUGAAGGGUUUAUUGGUAAAUAACUUAUAAAUAUCCCUAAAACAAUUGUAAACCAUUACCCUUGGGUACACAGAUUGCGAACCAAUGCAGAUUUUGAUGACCCCAAAUGGAUUCGAACUCAUUCAAAGUGCUAGUCUUAUCCAAAACCUUUCAGCCAAUCAUACCAGCUUGUAUUGGCUCAUACAUUCCAAUUGUUUUCUGAACCGAGUUUGAAAUAGAUUACAUAUUAGUAACAAAUUAACUGGGGAGGAAACACGGGGGCGUACAUAAUUGCUGUUCUUGCUAAAUAUCACAAAAUCAAUACAAAUGAUAACUUUUACAUCCCGGGUGAGAGGGAACGAACUCCAAGGCCAAAAAUGGAGACCCGUAUGGUGACAAUGACGGCAUAUUAACGUUAUUUCUGUCGUCCUUUCAGUGAAGCAUUUUUUAAUUUCCUGAGCCCAUUAGGUUGCCGCCACCUGCGGCAGCUCAAGUCUGAGAAACAUGGUGGCCCAUAGAUGAUGAAACCAUAAAUUUUAGAAGCCGAAUUUGUUGGGACAUUCAGAUGCGCGGUGUCCAGACUGGCCACAGUUAAAACAAGCCCCUCCAAAGGC